AUGGUCGCAUCCAAGGCCACAGAUGCCACGCCCUCGGGCAACAAGCCCACUCGCGGCUGGGAUGCCGCCGCUCACGAAGCACUUCUCUUGUGUGUCAUUGAUGAGAUCAAAGGCGGCAAGGCCUUCUUGACUGAAGUCACCAGACGGAUGCAAGAACGCGGAUACACCUACAGCUACGAUGCCAUAAAUCAACACGUCCAAAAGCUCCGCAAAAACCGUGACACCACCGGCAUCCUCACCGCAGCUGAUCCGGCCGCUGGAACCUCCAAGGCUUCUGCCACUCCACGCAAGGCGGCAGCCACUCCUCGGAAGCGCCGCACCCCAGCCAAGAAGGACGUCGACGAGGACGACGACAUGGACGUCAAGCUCAAGCUUGAGCAGGCUGCCGAGGACGAUGAGAUAUACAGCCCAUCUAUUCGUGCCUCUAAGCGCGCCAGAUCGUUUGCUUCGUAA